AUGACUGUCUCUUCUGCUCCCUACUGCCUCGCCGGGCAGGUCGCUUUGGUUACUGGCUCUGGCCGGGGGAUUGGCGCGGCGAUCGCGGUUGAACUGGGCCGCCUGGGCGCCAGCGUGGUGGUAAACUACGCGAACUCCUCGGCAGCAGCAGAGAAGGUCGUGGCGGAGAUCCAGAGCCUGGGGUCGGCCGCGAUCGCGAUCCAGGCGGACGUGCGGGAGGUGUCGCAGACGGUGAGGCUGAUGGACGAAGCCGUGGCGCACUUUGGUGGACUGGACAUUGUGUGUAGCAACGCCGGGGUCGUUAGCUUCGGUCACCUGGGAGAGGUCACCGAGGAGGAGUUCGAUCGCGUGUUCAGCCUCAAUACACGCGGCCAGUUCUUCGUCGCCCGAGAGGCCUACCGCCACCUGAACGAGGGCGGUCGCAUUAUCCUCAUGUCUUCCAACACUGCCCACGACUUCAGUGUCCCCAAGCACUCCCUCUACUCUGGCUCCAAGGGAGCAAUUGACUCCUUCGUACGUGUCUUUGCCAAGGACUGCGGUGAUAAAAAGAUCACUGUCAACGCCGUGGCCCCCGGCGGCACGGUCACCGACAUGUUCCACGCGGUUUCCCACCACUACAUCCCGAAUGGCGAGAAGUAUACCGCCGAGGAGCGGCAACAGAUGGCCGCUCAUGCUUCACCUUUGAUGCGUAAUGGAUUUCCCUUGGACAUUGCACGCGUGGUGUGCUUUCUGGCCAGCAAGGAGGGUGAAUGGGUAAAUGGAAAGUCCUUGACGGUGGAUGGAGGAGCAGCCUGA